CCACUUCAGUUGAGUCACCACUUCCGCUCCCCCCGGCUCCCCUUCCCCACGUGACUCCGCGACGGAGAAGACAAACGAUGACGCCUCCCGGCGAACUGCUCCCCUUGACCCGCCCGCCCUUGUCCUGUUCCGCUCCUCCCCUUCUCUGCCGCCGCCGCAGCCGGUGCCCGCCUCCCGCCCACGCCCGGGCCCCGCCUUCACCUUCAUGGCUGCCCCACGGCGUCCGCGGCCGCCUCCUGCCUCCUGCUCCUCUCCGGCUGUUCCGGGCUCCGACCAGGACCGCUCCCGCCCCGGCGCCUCCUGGGGUUUCCGCAGCUUCCGGAGGCGAGUCUCAGGCUGCAGCGGCGGCGGAGUUCGUGACGUCUGAGAGGGUGAAGGUGGCGGCGAUGCUGGGGCUGGCACUCGCGCUUUGCAAUGCCGACCGCGUUGUCAUGUCCGUCGCCAUCGUGCCGCUCUCCCAGGCGUACGGAUGGACCCCGUCAUUCGCCGGUGUCGUGCAGUCAUCCUUCCUUUGGGGAUAUCUGAUGUCGCCAAUAAUUGGUGGAGCGCUUGUCGACUACUACGGUGGAAAGCGAGUCAUGGCUUACGGUGUAGCCUUAUGGUCCUUGGCUACAUUCCUGUCGCCUUGGGCAGCUGGUCGCUCUAUCUGGUUGUUCCUCUUUACUAGAGUUCUGCUGGGUAUUGCAGAAGGAGUGGCACUCCCAAGCAUGAACAACAUGGUGUUGAGGUGGUUUCCUCGCACGGAGCGAUCUAGUGCUGUGGGUAUUGCAAUGGCUGGUUUUCAGCUUGGCAAUACCAUUGGCUUACUUCUUUCCCCAAUUAUCAUGUCACGAACUGGAAUUUUUGGACCCUUUGUGAUGUUUGGAUUAUUUGGAUUUCUGUGGGUGUUGGUAUGGAUACCGGCUAUAUCUGGCACACCUGGUGAACAUGCACAGAUAUCAGCAUAUGAACUAGAGUAUAUAACCAAGGGUCAGAAAUUGGUGAAACCUCAAACUGGAAGUGAAAAACCAAAAAAAGUACCCCCUUUCAGCAAACUACUUUCCAAAUGGCCAACAUGGGCUUUGAUUUGUGCAAAUGCCAUGCAUAGCUGGGGUUAUUUCGUCAUCCUUUCAUGGAUGCCAGUCUACUUCAAAACAAUAUAUCAUGUCAAUCUGAGAGAAGCUGCAUGGUUCAGUGCACUCCCCUGGGUGAUGAUGGCAGUUUUAGGCUAUGUGGCUGGUGUUGUCUCGGACAUGCUUAUUAGAAAUGGUACAAGCAUUACUUUAACACGGAAGAUAAUGCAGUCAAUUGGCUUCCUGGGUCCUGGUAUUGCUCUGCUUGGUCUGAAUGCAGCAAAGAGCCCAAUCAUUGCUUCUGCGUGGCUUACAAUUGCUGUUGGAUUGAAAUCCUUUGGUCACUCAGGUUUCUUAGUAAAUUUACAGGAGAUUGCCCCACAAUAUGCUGGAGUGCUACAUGGAAUGUCAAAUACAGCUGGAACAUUUGCUGCCAUUUUAGGAACUGUUGGAGCAGGUUUUUUUGUUGAUCAGAUGGGUUCUUUCCGUGGAUUUUUGAUAUUGACAUCGCUUCUAUACUUCAGUAGUGCUCUUUUCUGGGAUCUCUUUGCUACUGGAGAGCGUGUUGAUUUUGAUGGCACUGGCUAGCACCUUGGAGGAACUCUGCAGUUUUUAUCCUUAAAAUACGAAAUGAUGAUCCAGGACAGUAUUUUACCGUGCUAUCUGAGAAAUUAUCAGAAAGUUCUACGCACCUGAAGAUGAAGAACUUUAGCUAGGACUAUACAGCAUGGGAUUUCAACUUUUCAAAGUAUGCAGUGAGUUAAUCUUGGAAGUAGAAUAUUUGCGAUGAACAAACAAAAUGGAACUGGCUUUGAAGAUCAUGUUAGAUUUUCUUGGAGGGCGAGUCCAAAAUGUGAAUGUUACGAGUCAAUGAAAUCCGAAGAUGUAACAGAGCAUAAAUAGCAAGGUAGGAGCCCGACCAUGUGCGGUACUGAAAGUAGUAGAGAAUAGAAACUGAUUUGCAGGCUAGCUGGAUUGGAAGCUGGGAAUCCAGCAUGGGUUAAGGGAACAGGCGUUUGAAAACACAGGGAACUUGUUAGGUGUAAAUGCCACAGAAUAUGUUUUGGGCUUUUAAAAUCAUAAUGACUUGUGAGGUAUUUUUUUGGGUAAAUUUCCUUCCUUUAAGUAUAAAAUGCAUGCGGGGAAACAGGGAGAAGACUUGUUGACCGGGACCAUAGAAGGAUAUGUACAUUGAUUUAUUUAUUUAUUUGUAAAGUUCCAAUGUAAAGAUGUUCGGUAUUGCGAAUGUCAGCAUAUACCGAUGCCACUGGAAACUGCAGUUGUUUAGUAAAAUGUGUUAUACCACUGCUUCUUUGA